UUUUGACACUACAAUUAGGCAGACAUUCAACAUCCCUCUAUUGUUUUGCUAUAGCACUUCUUAAUUAACUAUUUUCCUUGCAUAUGAUGUUUAUAUAUGAAUUGAAAUGUAUAUUCACGUUUAAUCUUUGUGUAUAUAUAGUUUAACAGUUAUUGUUAUAUAUCUACCAUGUUGUCUUGUAUACAAGCAAAAUGGAAAUUGUUGAACACCCUGUCGAGAAGAAAUCAAAAAUUUCUUCAAUAAGAGAUUCUGAGCAAGUUUGCAAGCAGGAAGGGAAUUAUGAAAACCAUAAUAUGAAGGCUGAAUAUUUAGAUGUUGUAGAAGAAUUUAUUGAUGAAAAUCAAGUUCAUAAUAGAAAAGAUUUCAUUGGGAGAAUUGAAAAUAAUAUGUCCACCCAUGAGUCAUCCUUACAAAAUUUAAGAAAAAGAAAGGAGGAAAUUAAUAGAAAAGAGUGUGAAAUUGAUUCAAAACAGCUUAUUGAGAACCAAUUUGGGGGCUUUCCCCAACUCAAGUGUCAUCUAUGUGAGUUUAUUCCAACAAAAAAAAGUUAUCUUAAACAACAUGUAGAUACUGUGCAUUUGAAAUUGAAACAAUAUAAAUGUGAUUAUUGUGAAUAUGCUUCAAAUCAGAAAGUCCAUCUCAAAUCACAUAUAGAUAGUGUACAUUUGAAAUUGAAACAAUGCAAGUGUCAAUUUUGUGAUUAUGCUUCAAGCAACUCAAGUAAUUUAACAAAGCACAUGAAUUCUGUACAUUACAAUUUGAAGCAUUUUAAGUGUCACUUAUGUGAUUAUGCUUCAAAUAAGAAAUAUUGUCUCAAAACCCAUAUAGAUUCCACUCAUUGGAAUUUAAAACAACAUAAUUGUCAUUUAUGUGAUUUUGCAACAAACCAGAAAUGUACACUCAAAAAGCACAUAGACUGUGUUCAUUUGAAUUUGAAGCUAUAUAAAUGUGAUUUGUGUGAGUUUGCUACAAAUCAGAAAUCUUACCUCAAAUCACAUGUAGAUUCUGUUCAUUUAAAUUUGAGAAGUCAUAAGUGUCACUUGUGUGAUUUUGCCGUAUUUAGGAAAUCUCAUCUCAAAUUACACAUAGAUUCUGUUCAUCUAAAGUUAAAACAAUAUAAGUGUCUUUUAUGUGAUGCUGCUUUUAACAGAGAUACUAAUCUCAAAGCGCAUGUAGAUUCUGUUCAUUUAAACUUGAAGCAUUAUAAGUGUCAGUUUUGUGAUCAUGCUACAAAUCGGAAAAGUCUCUUAAAAAAACACACAGAUUCUUUUCAUUCUGAUUUUCAGCAAACAACCUGACUUUGUAAAUGAGGUGGAAAUAUAAUUAAAAAAGUU